AUGAAACAAAAGACAUUGGAAUCCGAUUUUUAUUUCAUUGAAAUUGAAACUCCUCCUGAUACUUCAAAAACUCAAUUUCUUUCAAGCCUUCAUCAACAAAUUUCAAGUCUAUUCGGGAAAUCAUGUUUAAAUAUUAUUAAUAUUCAAGUCAUGUAUUAUUCAAAAAAGAACAAGUUAGCAAUUAUUGCCAUUGAACGAAGAUUCCUCACUCAUAUCUAUAACAUUAUGCCAUUCAUUGAGAAUGGAGCUCGUAUCGUAAAGGCUUCUCCCUAUUUGCACACCAUUGUGAGUAAUAACAGACUCUAUUGUGAGCAAUUGCUCAUCUGUGCAGCUACCAAAUAA